AUGGCUCUCCCCAAAUCAGACUAUCUCAGCAACGUCUGGAAAGACGAUCUAUUCAAGAAUAAAGUAGUCUUCUGCACCGGCGGCGGAGGCACAAUAUGCAGCGCCCAAGUCCGCGCUCUCGUCCACCUCGGCGCCAACGCGUGCAUCGUCGGUCGCAACGUCGAAAAAACUGAAAAGAUGGCCGCGAGUAUCGCGACUGCGCGACCGGGUGCCAAGGUUAUUGGUGUUGGCGCCACCGAUGUGCGCAGUUUUGAUAGUUUGACGGCUGCCGUUGAUCGUUGCGUGCAGGAGUUGGGUGGUAUUGAUUUUGUCAUUGCUGGUGCGGCGGGGAAUUUCCUUGCGUCGAUUAAUCAGCUUUCUGUUAAUGCCUUCAAGUCAGUUAUGGAUAUCGAUGUGCUGGGUUCAUACAAUACGGCCAAGGCGACGUUGCCUUAUUUACAGGAGUCUGCGGCAAAAUAUAAAAUUGACUCGAAGACUCUGCAACCAUCUCCCCUGGGUCCAGGAGGUCGUAUCAUCUUCGUCAGCGCCACCAUGCAUUACACGGGAAUGAUCUUCCAAACACAUGUCUCAGUCGCGAAAGCUGGUGUUGACGCCUUGUCGAACAAUAUCGCGCUGGAAUUUGGUCCGUUGGGUAUUACCUCGAACAUCAUCUCACCUGGGCCGAUCGCAAAUACCGAGGGCGUCGAGCGUCUUUUGCCUAGUACCUCCAAAGAAGAAUCAUGGAAGCGGCAACCUCUGGGUCGAUAUGGGUCUGUAAGAGACAUUGCCGAUGCUACCAUAUAUCUCUUUUCCGAUGCUGGUAGCUACGUGAAUGGACAUGCUCUAGUUGUGGACGGAGCUUCAUGGCGUAUGCCCUCUGCCUCCAUUGGCUCCAGCCUCAAAUACCCCGAUUUUCUUUUGUCUGGCGAAGCUGUGGCCAACGUCAAGGGACAGAAGAAGUCCAAGCUGUAA